UAGUCAGUCACUGCAUCAAAAGUGAAAGCUGAAGGUAUUCCUCUUUACCACUGAAGAAAAGUUGAUAAAACAAUUUAGUUUCGCGAUAGAUUCGAUAUGCACUGCACGAGUGUUCAAACGUGAUCAGAAUUUCAUUCUCAAAAUCGAACCUAGAAUAAAUUCGCUUUUGUUUUAUUGUUCCGUAAUAUUUAUUUAUUUUUGUGAACAUCAUGUCUUAUUUUCUCUUGACAGUGGUGUUUUGUUUGUUAUGUUUCUACUUGGACGUUUAUCAUGCUCAAAGCAUAUUCAACAGAUAUAACCUGAUGUCAAGGUUGCAAAUGAAACCUAGGAUCAAAGCGAGAUUACAGGAGAAAUUGAAUCAAUACAGGCAACGAUCUACUGAGACAGUUUGUUACGAUACUGUUGGCUGUUUUGACCUGCCUCACAAAAGAUCACCCUUACAAAAAGUGCCCGAGGAUCCUGAAAUGUUAAGAACAAAGUUUUAUCUCCUGAGGAGAGACAUAAACUUUUCGACUCCACAAAUAAUUCAUUACGAUGAUGACGGAGAAUCGCUGAAAAAUUCUAAAUUCAAUUACUCUCAGCCUUUGAAAAUGAUCAUCCAUGGGUAUAUGAGUAGGUGGAAUGAAAAAGGAGCUCUCAUUGCAUCGAAGGCAUAUUUGGAUUUGUAUGAUUGCAAUAUGAUGGCAGUUGACUGGGGUAUUGGAGCAAGAGGUCCCCAGUAUACCACAGCCGCAGCAAAUACAGAGCUCGUUGGUAGACAAACAGGAAUCCUUCUUUUGAAAAUCAUCAGGAAUGGAAUGGACCCUAAAAAUAUUCAUCUAAUUGGUUUCUCGCUGGGGGCUCAUGUUGCUGGUAGUGCUUCAGAAGUCCUCAAAGCCAGUGGACAUUUAUUAGGAAGAAUAACAGGUCUAGACGCAGCAAGUCCACUUUUCCGGAACAAUCAUCUUCGUGAGAAGCACAAGAAAUUGGAUAGAGACGACGCACAUUUUGUUGAUGUUGUGCACACCGACUCAAGUCCGUUUGCUACUGAUGGUUUUGGUUUAUGGGAGCCCAUCGGCCAUGUAGACUUCUUUCCAAAUGGUGGUCAAGAUCAACCUGGAUGCACAGACACCAGAGGUUCUAUUGUACUAACCAGUUUCGAUAAAACACUUACGAGGGAAAUAGCAUGUAGUCACAUAAGAGCAUGGCAUUUGUUUCAAGAGACACUACUGAAUAAAGUAGCGGGAAAAAACAACAGCUGUGAAUUCAUUUCCUAUAGCUGUCCUGGUGGACUACCUUCUUUCGAAAGAGGACACUGCUUCCCACAUUUAGAUAACCCGAAGAGUAAAUUGUACCUUGAUCCUAGUUAUAGGACAGAAAUAGGAAAAUUGGGCGAAGAUGCAAAGGGUGAAGGUGUAAUGUAUUUGACAACUAGGAGCUCAUCUACAUUUUGUGACGCUGUCACAUCUGGUAUAAUAAAUGUGUUGAAUGAAAAACUGGGAGUUCUUGAGGAAGAAGAAGAAGUGAGUGCCUUGAACGAGGAAAUGCGUCAUUUGAACAUUAGUCACGGUAAUGAGAUAAAAACGCUAACUAACAAGAUUGAACAGCAGGAGAAGAAAAUGUUGGAUAUAUCGAGGGAAUCACCAAAUAAUAUUAUAUGA